UUGCCUCUUCGAAUUAAUAUUAUCAUAAUACAUCAUGUUAUCCGCCGCCAAAGUGCGUAUACAUGGCAUGCAAGAUGAGAAUUGGGUGAUCAAGGACAAAAUAAACCAAUAUCGUGGAUUAAUAAAACUUUACGAAAGAGAUCGAAAAAUCCACGAAGGCGAUUUGACGAAGCAAAAGAAAAGGUAUUCCCGCGAUAUUCGUCAGUUGCGGAGGGACAUAACCAACAAACGCGUAGAGCUUGAAGUGGCAGUGUAUGGCGACAAGCAAUUCCUGCGUAACGCUUUUCAAGAACAUAAACGUCUGCAACUCACCUACAUGAAUAGCCAAGCUGAUAAAGUGCUGGCUAGUAUACAUCAAGAAAAUUUCAAUAAAAGAAAGCAGUUGGAUCGAAUCAGGUACACAAAAAAGAAGAAAAUGGAAGCAUUCCGUAAUAUUCAGCUGCAAACGGCAGAACUACAUGAUCGCGUCAUAUAUGAAGUUGGUGGAAAACUACCCGCUGAGAAAAAGGAACAAGCCGUCGCCAACUAUGUCCAGCGUGCCAAUAUAAAAAAGAACGCAGCUUUAGCUAUAAAGGUCAUGUAUAAGAAAAUUCUGGAUAUAUUAAAAAAGGACUCAUCUUACUUCACAGUCGUUUUGGAAGCUCUAAAAUUGGACUGUCGAGCACAAGGCAAGUGUUUGAUGGGAGCAACGGAAAUGGGGCAAUUGGCUAUGGAGUAUUUGGACGAUAGGAAGUUUGAGUUUAACAAAUUGGAGAAAGAAAUCAAAGCGAAUAUGAAAGAAAGGGAAAGGACAUUAAAGCUUGUUCGAAGAGAAGUAGCUUUUUUAACGGAUUCAUUUCCUAGUCUUAUAAGGAAAGAGGAAGCUACCAACCUCGAUGAUUUAUAUGAAGACGCGGAUGCUGCUAGUCAUCACUCUGUACAUUGGGAACUUGCAGAGGUGAUGGAGAUAUGCAAACGCCUACAGAAAGCUACGCUUGUAUCAUCCUAUGAUAAGAUCCUACCCAGGUUAGAAGAGCAAAAAUACCAGUCAGAGCGUUUGAUGACUCAACUGACUCUCAAUAGCAUGAAAAGAGACGCCCUGCUCGAGGACCGGAAGCAUGCAAUAUUGAUGCUAGAUACGUUGAAAAACGUUGGACAGGAAAGUACUGCACAGCACAUAGUAGAGAAGAAACAGAUCCGUGCCGGGCUCGCAGCAGAGGAACGGGAGGUAAGGGAGUUGACGCGUGCGUUGGAUGAAAAAGGACGGCUUAUCAUCGAGAUGAAGACUUCCUUGCAACAGAUAGACCAUCUGCUCUCCAGUGUUGGUGCGCCAAAUGUCAGACCUCAAUACAAAGGUACUCCAACAGCUUUAAAAUAUGCAAUCGAGGACCUAAUACAACCCGUACCCGAACUUGAAGAUGACUUUGAUAAAUUACUCUCGACCGCGCGCCAAAAGAUAUCUAUGCUAAUUCAAGCGAUAUCAAAGAUGGAUGUCAACGACGAGGUCCGUGCAACAGCUCGACUUUUCUACCACAAUAUACUGGCGCGGUUUAUGAGAGACAACUACAACGAUGAAGUUGUAGCUGAGGGAGGGUUGAUCGAGUUCGAAAUGGAGGAUCCUAAUGUGCCGAGCCACGCAAUCGUAAAGCUGAGAAGUAAGCAGCUCAUAGACGCACAAGUAAGCGAGUUCGACGUUCCAGACGCACCUGCCAAGAAGUGACAGAAAAAAACAUGAAAAGACAGCAAAUAGUAUAAAUAACUUUU